AUGUUUACGCGUAAGUUACAUAAUGCUGAUCCUAGCAAAGCCACAACAAUACCCGAUCCUGCUGCACCAAAUUAUCGGCUCGGCGAUUACAGUUAUGGCAAAGAAGGAGUGCGUGUCUUUCAGCUAAAGAAGGAUGGACCACUGCACAGUGUGACCGAGUAUAAAGUGCAAUCACAUAUGCGAUUGCGCACACAUAAGGAAUACUAUGAAGCCGACAAUUCGGAUAUUAUCGGCAGCGAUGUACAGGAGAAUACCAUCUACGUGCACGCACAAAGACACGGACUACACACACCCGAGGAAUUUGCGCUGACACUAACCGAACAUUUUCUGCAAGAGUAUGAUCUAGUCGCCGAGUCGAAUGUGAUUGUUGAAGAGUUGGCGUGGGAUCGUUUCGGCGAGCAGGAGCGUCAGGGCUACUACAAAGACAAGCGUCAUAAUCAUGCAUUCAUGCGCAACACGAAUGGCACUCACAGUUGUGAGGUUGUGAGACGAAGGGAUGCCCCACCAUUGUUGAUUGGAAAUUUUCAUGGCUUGCGUAUUGUGAAGACAGCGCGUGCGCCAUUCACUGGCUAUGUGAAAGGUGACUUAUAUUCGGAAGGCGAUAUGGAUGAUCGCAUACUAUGUACAGAAGUGCAGGCGCGUUGGCAGUAUUCCAAAGUGGAUGGCAUUGAUUUUUCCACUCACUGGCUGAGGGUACGCGACUUGAUUCUGCGUUCUUUUGCUGGCGAUCCGGUUGAGGGUGUGGUCAUUACUAGCGUACAAUAUGCAGCAUAUACAGCAGAGCGAGCGGUGCUUGAUGCUAUGCCUGAGAUUUGCAGCAUAGCAAUAAGUUUUCCGAAUUAUAGACAUUUUCCGUUUGAUUUCUCACGUUUUCCACCGAUCGAGCCGAAAGCUGAUGUCAUUAUUGUCAGUCCACAGGAUACACCUUUGGGCAUUGGUUAUGCCCAAUUGGAUCGGCUGGAGGAAUAGCUGGCAAUUUAUACGAACAUAUUUUUGCGGUCGUUUUCAAUGUGGUUCUCAUCAAG